AUGGCGGCAGCGACGCUUGUCGGUUCGACAGGUCGGGACGCGGAUAUUGCACGAAGUGAGGAGCGUGGUGAGCAGAUCCCUACCCCACUGGCUCCAUUUGUCACAGGGGAGGAGAUGGAGUGGUGUCGUCCUGGGAUGGUGAUUGCCGGUGCACCUGAGCCGUCGCCAGAGCUCGUUGCCGCCUGGUCGGCUGCGGCCGCCAAGCCUCCGGCGGAGCCCGAAAGGGCGAUUAUGGCGACGAAGCCGCCUCUACCGCCGGCUCCGAAACCCGUGACAACAGUAUUUGAAAAGACUCCUCCCCACGCACUCGCGGCUCCCCUUGCCGGGUCGGUGGCUGGCCCGUCUGCUCCUGCUGCUGUUCCGUCUGCUCCGCCUGCGGCCCCUGGCCCCCUGGCUCCCCUUGUCGAGCCGUUGGCGUCUACCCCUGCUGGGGGUGUUGCGGAUCCCCCCGCACCUGUUCCUGACGCCCCAGUUGCACCGCCCACUUCUGUCCCCGGCGUGCCUGCUCCGGCCUCUGCUUCGUCACCGAAGGCAGCGUCCGCCACCACUGGCGGACCGGCUCCGUUGGUUGCGCCCUCGGCGGCGGGUCAGUCCGCACCUGCUGUGACGCCGAUGGCCCCGGCAGGGCAGCCAUCACGCCCUCCGUCACCCGACCGUCGCUCGUCGCGCCCCCAUUCCCCCGCGCCCCAACAGGAGCGCAAGUCGUCUCGUCGCCGGCGCGAGUCUCCACGGCGAUACCAGCAACAGUCGCACUGGCCUGCUCACCCCGGAGGUCAGGGGGAUUGGAGGGGUCCCCGUGCUCGCGGCGGGGGUGGGGGGUACCGCCCGCCCGUAACGAUGGCGGAUGCUCAGCGGGAAGUGUCGAGGGCGGUUCGUGAGGAGAGGGCGGCGCAGAGCCAGAGCAGUUCGAUGCGCGCUCCGCCGGCCGACGAGGCUCCUCGUCCGGCUGUGCUCCCCGCGAGUCCGCAGCCUGUCGCUGCGCCUCCACCUCAGAUCCAUGUCUCGCCGGCUCGUUCUCCCGCUGUCUCGGCUCCUGCUCCCGGCUCUCGUCUCCAUCUGCCACCGGUUCCUCCCGUUGCGGGAGUGGAGUUUGUGGCCGCGGGUGGUGGCGCGGCGGCGGCUCCGAAUGCACUUCAAGUUGCCGCCGAUGAGCCGCUCCAGUUCCUGGCGGAGGCACUCCAGCCCCCGCAGACCCGUGUUCCCGAGGCGACUCUCGGACAGCUCCAUCGCCUCGCUGAUAGUCUCCACGCGCUGCUGCUGAUUCAGGUGCUAGCCCACUCGUCUCUCCCUGUGAUCCCUCCUGAGACCUUCUGUGGCCGCCAGCGUGACACUUGCCUGGACGCGGCGGACCAGCUCGCAGUGCUGCUGGCGCCCGUGCUGGCUGCGACCGCGGAGGGUGGCGCUGCUGCUGCGGGACAGCUUGACGAGGCUGUCCGGGGCUUGAGGCGGCACUUGCGCGCAGGAUCUGGAGCCGCGGCGAUCGGCGCAAACACGCUUGUGGUCCGGGAGCUGUGGCGCUCCCUGACGGGCGUUCUUCAUGUUGUGUGA